AUGGCAGCAACAGCAACAGCGUCAGCAUCGACAUCGGCCAUCGGAUCCUCCUAUCCAAGCACCUCCUCAUCGAGCAGCACCGCCCCGAAGACCUUCCGCUAUCCACCCAUCCACGCCUUUCCACCGUUCUACACUCUCCAGCACAACCCUGUGUCACGCGCACAGCAGCUCUCGCAAUGGCGCGCUCUCAUUCUCGACUACUGCCGCUCUCAUCGCAUCUUUUCGCUCUCACCGCUGCCCUCUGCGUCUGACGCAUCUGGGUCAAGUCCGCACAAGACGCUCUUUGCGAACGCAUCGAUACAGCGUUCCCUCUCGCCAGAAUCGAUACGAGCCGUGCUGGCCGAUCUGGUCGAACACAAGGGCGCCGCGUGGGAAGACCAGCUUACGACGGCAAAGAAGAGCGCCGCUGCAGGGCAAGGGAACAACGCAAAGGCGUUUAUAUACUGGAAGACGCCAGCACAGUGGGGAGAUGCAAUCUACGAAUGGGUCAUGGCCACCGGUCAGAACAAGAGCAUCAUGACGCUGUUCGAGCUGAAUCAGGGAGAGCUGGUCGAGAGUCAAGAUUUCUACGAACUACCCAUGCCCAUCCUCAAGCUGGCAUUGAAACACCUCAGCUCGCAGGGCAAGGCGCAGAUCUUUGCCGGCAGUGAAGCGGAGGAUGGCGAGGGUGUCAAGUUUGUCUGA